UAGUCACCUUAGCCUUCACCGCUUCACACCCAGCGUGUAUAUAUAUGAUGCCAUAUACAAACAUACUUUACACUGCUGCUCCGCGUUUUCGAGAAAAUCUCAUUCUCACUUUCACUCAUCACCUUUCUUCUUACUCGACAGUCGGUGUUCUUUUUCUUUGUUUACAUCAGAUUCCAAACUCCUAGGCGACUUUUUUUUUUUGGUUUAGAAAUAAAGAAAGAAAGAAAGAAAGAGAGAAAGAAAACUCACACUUUUUCCCUUUAUUUUGAAAUGUUAAUGUGUGGUUUUGGUUCGAACCUUAGAUGUGCUUGAAGAGCUUCAUUUUUUAUUUUCCAUGUUGACGGUUCCGUUACGUUCAUCAAUCGUGGCUCGAUAUUCCCCGGGCUGUGUCGCUAAGCGUCGACAAGAUUCCGGUGGCGGUUGCGCUCCAUCGGCUCCGUUUCUCCGACAUUAUGUCUAUUCCAAUGGCGCAUCCGAUGCCGUCGCCGGCGAACUGCAGCACGAGAUUCUCCAAGGAGCUCAAACCGCUCGGCACAGAACCAGCGUCUUCUCCUGCUUCCAUGAGAGCUUUCAACCGAAGCAGCAACGCCGGUUCCGGCGACGGCAAUACCACCGUGUCUCCGACCUCUGUGAUCGCCUUCGAAGACGGCGCCGGUCGAAGCAACGACGCGGGCGAGUUCAGCAGCGAGGAACACUCGCACGAAUUGAGAAACUUGCAUGGCGUGAAGGAGAGUUCAGAUUUCAACGAUUCAAAUUGGGCGUUCACCGAUUCCUUAUUGAGUUUGGAUUUCGAAUCGUCUAGUCAAUCAUCUGCAAAGAACGCAGAUUUUAACGACGAACGUGAAUAUGCGUGUGAUGUUAAACGUGCACCUAUUCAUACUUUCACCGUUAAUAAUGAUUCAGAUAAUGAUGAUGUUGAUGGUGAUGGUAAUCGUAAUGAAGCUUUGGUCGAUGAAUGUGAACCGGUUAAGCCGGCUCCUGUGACUAAAGGAAACAAAGGUUUGUGCUACCGGUGUUUCAAGGGUAGCAGGUUCACGGAGAAAGAGGUGUGUCUGGUUUGUUCUGCAAAGUAUUGUGGGAAUUGCGUGCUUGAUGCUAUGGGUUCAAUGCCUGAAGGAAGAAAGUGUGUUGAUUGUAUUGGGUAUCCAAUUGAUGAGUCUAAAAGAGAGAGUUUAGGGAAGUGCUCUAGGAUUUUCAGGAGGUUGCUUAAUGAGUUGGAGGUUCGGCAGAUAAUGAAGGCUGAGAGGUUUUGUGAGGUGAAUCAACUUCCUCCGGAGUAUAUUUGUGUCAAUGGGAGGCCACUUUCGUUUGAGGAACUGGUUACGUUGCAGAACUGCGCUGCUCCUCCGAAGAAGCUUAAGCCGGGGAGUUAUUGGUAUGAUAAAGUAUCUGGUCUUUGGGGAGAGGAAGGACAGAAGCCUUGCAGAAUUAUCAGUCCCCAUCUGAAUGUUGGGGGUCCAAUCAAGCCGGAUGCUAGCAAUGGGAACACGCAGGUUUACAUCAAUGGCAGGGAAAUAACAAAAGUCGAGCUCCGAAUGUUGCAGUUGGCAGGAGUUCAAUGCGCUGGUAACCCACAUUUUUGGGUUAAUGAGGAUGGUUCAUACCAAGAAGAGGGACAGAAAAAUAUAAGAGGGAAUAUAUGGGGAAAGUCUGGAACGAAGCUUGUAUGUGCUUUACUGUCCCUGCCAGUUCCUUCUAAAUGUUCAAUUUUGUGUGGGGAACGAACCUCCAGUCCAGUUAGCAAAAGAGUUCCUGAUUACCUUGAGCAUGGAAUAGUUCAGAAGCUCCUCUUAGUUGGCUAUGGUGGAUCUGGAACAAGUACUAUUUUUAAGCAGGCCAAGAUACUUUACAAAGACAUCCCUUUCUCGAAAGAAGAACGUGAAAGUAUAAAGUUGACCAUUCAAACGAACGUAUAUUCCUAUAUUGGCUUACUACUUGAAGGUCGUGAGCGUUUUGAGGAAGAAAGUCUGUGGAAUAUGAAGAAAAGACAAUCUGAUGUACUUGAUUCUUCUACAGGAGUCAGUUCAAACAACAAGACAAUCUAUUCCAUUGGCACAAGGCUAAAAGCUUUCUCUGAUUGGCUGCUGAGAACUAUGGCUUCAGGCAAACUUGAUGCCAUCUUUCCUGCGGCUACUCGUGAAUAUGCACCAUUGAUUGAGGAGAUGUGGAGUAGUGCAGCCAUUAAGGCUACCUACAAAAGAAGAAGAGAAAUAGAAAUGCUACCAAGUGUUGCUAGUUAUUUCUUAGAGCGGGUUGUUGAGAUAUUGAGGGCUGAUUAUGAGCCAUCAGAUUUAGAUAUUCUCUAUGCUGAAGGAGUUACUUCAUCCAAUGGACUGGCUUGUGUGGAGUUCUCAUUUCCCCCAUCAGCUCCUGAGGAAACUGUUGAUACCAUCGGUUUACAUGAUUCUUUUGCUAGGUAUCAACUAAUUACAGCGCAUGCAAGAGGAAUAGGAGAAAAUUGCAAGUGGCUAGAGAUGUUAGAGGAUGUUGGCAUGGUCGUCUUCUCUGUUGCCUUGAGUGACUACGAGAUACUAAACAAACUAGAUCAGUUUGAGGAGAAAAUAAAACAAGUUCCACUGACUCGGUGCGAAUGGUUCGCUGAUUUUCACCCUGUAAUUAGUCGUCAAUGUUCCGGCAACAACAAAAACAGCAUUAAUAAUAACUCUUCUCUUGCUCAGCUAGCGUCCCAUCACAUAGCAGUUAAGUUCAAGAGGCUUUAUUCAUCUAUUACAGGUAGAAAGUUGUAUGUAUCUCUGGUGAAAGGCUUGGAGCCAGAUAGUGUCGAUGCAGCACUUAAAUAUGCUAGAGAGAUUGUAAAAUGGAAUCAAGAGAGACUAAACUUUAGUUUAAGUGAUAACUCUAUGUAUAGCACUGAGGACAGUUCAUUCUCUUUCACUGAAUGUUAGUUCAGUUCAUGGUGGUUAGUCCAUACUCCAUACAUAACUCAUGUAUGACUUGCAUUCUGUCUGUACAUAUAAAUGUUUACAAGGGAGCAGUGCCAAUGACGUGGAAGCACAUUCCUUCUACAGGCUACUCUGUUGUAAUAUACACUAGAUAUCUGUUAAGAGUAUAUGUUGUGUUAAAACAUGCCACCACAUAUCAAGGUGUAGUGUUCAAAUUCAUUUUUAUAUGAUAUAUAAAUAUGUAAACAGGUAUCUUGUUUGAG